AUGAAGUUCUCACAAUUUCUCACCGGCCUCGUUGCCGCACAGGCAAUCAGCGCCGCAUCGAUACCGGAAUCAAAUGCCGUCAAUGUCCUCGAAGACCGACGAGUCGUUCCUGCCUCUGAACUUGUCUCACCAGACCAUACCCUAGAGCGUCGCAAAGGAGGAGGAGGACGAGGAGGAGGAAGCAGCAGUGGUGGUCGCUCAGGUGGGAGCAGCGGAGGCGGCGCUCCCGGACGUACAUCGCCAACCUCGAAUGCUGGUGGUUCCACAAGUGCAGGCUCAGGUCGACCGCGCACUUUCGCCGGCGGACGGUAUUACGCUGGCGGCGCUGCAACACCCUACACCGCUGGUUCACGGACGCCCAAGGGACUCACUCCCGGUCUCCUGCUCCUGCCUGCUACCAUGCUGCUCAUCAUGCCCGGUUUGUGGUUGUACAGCACCUAUCCCUACCAUUACAACAAUCCCUACCGCUUCUACAAUCAGUCCGCCACCAACGACGAUGACGACAACAACAAUAACAACGACCGCCGCGAACUAUGGGUCCGUCAAACCCAGGGCCGCAACGAGUCUCUUCCUGUCAUGUGUGUUUGCGAGGAGGGCUUUGUGUGUGGUUGCGAUGAGAACGAUGAUCAGCAGUAUCUCAACGACCUUGUUGGCAACGGCAGCUACGCUGCGCUCAAUAAGACUCUUGUCACUGUCUCAGAUGUUAACGGUACCAAGACUCUCGUUCUCAACGGUACACUUGAAAAGGGUACUACUGCGCCUGGUGGCUCUGAUGAUGACAGCGCAGCUAUCAACUUGAAGGUUGGAAAGUACGCCGGGUACUAUGCUCUUGGCAUGAUGGUGUUUGCUGGUGUCCUCAUGUAA